GUGCUGUGCGCGGCCGGCAUUCGACAGAAUCCAUGCAGCAAGACAGUCGGUUCGCCCUGUUGGAUGCCUGUUUUUGUCCGUUCAGAGUCUCCGAGGAAUGGCUCCACACAGGCGACUUGGUGCUUCUCAAAGUCUACUUGCGGGACAGCGAGGGAUACGUCGAGGCGGCUACGAACACGCAGGUCGAGGGCGUGGACGACUUCCACACCGGAACUGUAGACGUGCGCGACUUUAUUUUCGUGGUCGUGGAGCAGCUGAGUCAUCACAGGCCAACCCCAGAUAGUCCCAGAACUGCGAACUCUGGGCCUAUCGAUCCGGGCCCUGCAGUCUACGCACUGCAGCUGCGCAGCCUCGAAGAGCGUGCCAAGAUGGAGGCCGUCGACGGGGCCUCCAAGGGCUCACAGCUUGAAGUUUCCGGGUCCUCGGGGCUGGGUGGUUUCUAUGCGCUUAGCUAUCGCAGCCAGCUUCGGACUUUCAGGAUCCUGGCCAACACAGCCUCUGAAUCACCCUUCCCGCACAGCCCCUCGUGA